AGCCAAAGUCGUAUGAUGAACCAAUCAAACGUCGGCAAGUCCACAAAACGACAAAAUCCCCCAACGAUAAAAGCACCUUCCACUUCCUUGCAAACAUUUCAAACACCUUCGUUUCUCUCAAGUCUUGUUUACAGAUUCCUUCUUCUUCUUCUUCUUCUUCUUCUUUCUCUGCUUUCUUACUCUGUAACUCGCACACCACCUUUUGAUACUUUGCCUCUGAGAAACAAACAAGUUUCAAUGGAGCUCGGAACAACAAGAGGCUCUGGUCUUCCUCCUGGCUUCAGAUUCCAUCCCACCGAUGAGGAACUAAUCGUCCAUUACCUUUGUAACCAAGCCACAUCCAAGCCUUGCCCUGCAUCUAUCAUCCCUGAAGUUGAUAUCUACAAGUUUGAUCCCUGGCAAUUACCUGAGAAGGCAGUGUUUGGGGAGAAUGAGUGGUAUUUCUUUAGCCCGAGAGACAGGAAGUACCCAAAUGGGGUGAGGCCAAACAGGGCCACUGUGUCGGGGUACUGGAAGGCCACUGGCACAGAUAAAGCAAUCUACAGUGGGGCCAAACACAUUGGGGUGAAGAAAGCUCUGGUCGUUUACAAAGGAAGGCCACCAAAAGGUGUCAAGACCGAUUGGAUCAUGCAUGAGUAUCGCCUCAUUGGUCCUCCAAGACGAGCCAACAAGCAUAUUGGAUCCAUGAGAUUAGAUGACUGGGUGCUGUGUAGGAUUUACAAGAAGAAGAACGUGUCAAAAUCAUCAGUCGAACUCAAGGAGGAAUACCCAAGUCCGCAAAUGAACAUAACAGAAGAAGAUAACAUUGGGAAUGAGCAAAACAUGGUGAAAUUUCCGAGGACUUGUUCUCUGACUCAUCUUCUUGAAAUGGAUACUUACUUGGCUCCUAUCUCACACGUUCUGUCUGAUCCUUCCUAUAACUCCACCUUGGAUUACCAGAUGAAUAAUGCUGGGAACAUAAUGGACCCAUUUGUAAAACAUCAGGUCUUUGAGGUCUCAGACCAGUACUAUUCAGCACCAUCAUCAACCAGCCAAUAUUUUGUGAACCAGGUGUGAAUGAAUGAUCAGAGAUUAGAUGAUGAUGAUGACCAAUGAUGAAGAAGAAGAUUAGGUUGUUCAGAAAAAGACGAGAAUCGUCACCCUCAUAUUAUGAUAAUCAUUCCAAGAUUCUUUUUCUGGAAAAAUCUUAGAUUAAGUGGCAUCUAAUCCGAGAUGACAAAUAUUGUUUAUACUAUUUGUACAAAAGAAAAAAGACCUUAUUGGGCUCCUUGUAAUUUAAUUGUACAGUUCUGGAAUUACUUUCCUUGUCUCUGGUACAAUCAAUCAUAUCUGCUUAUGUCA